AUGCUCGGCACCACACGUCUCUCACGCGCCUCCGCCCGCGCUCCGCAGGCCCCGCGGGCUUGCAGGAGCAUGGCGACACGGUCCCGGGUCCGCACCGCGACGCAUCCCUACGCCCAGCGACGCCAGCAGCACUUUGUCCGCUCCGUGGCGGCCGUGGCGGCGCUCGGGGCCACGGCCUCGGCGUUCCACUACGUCAACGGCCGCGUCGUCGUCGGCGAGGUGCACGCCGACGAGCAAAAGGACGACGAGCAUGUCGUCAAGUUUGAAGCGCCGCGGCGGAAGCCGACGUCGACCGACGACAACAGGAACAUGAUCAGCUCGCAGCACCUGCAGGUGCAGCGCAGCUGGGAGCGGCCCGGCGUCUACGCGUGGGGGUCCAACACCGGCCGGACAGUGGCCCCGGACUCGGACGAGCGAUACGUCAAGACGCCCCGGCGCAUCGCCUUCUUCGACGGCAAGCUGCUGCGCGACAUCAAGCUCGACCGCAACUUUGGCGCCGCCAUUGACGAGCACGGCGACCUGCUGCAGUGGGGGACAGACUUCUCGCCCGAGGCGCGCGCGCCGACCCCGACGCUGCGCGGCAAGAAGCUGCGGUCGCUCGCCAUCUCGCGCGACCGCAUCAUCGCGCUCGCCUCCAACGGCGCCGUCUACUCGAUCCCCGUCUCGCAAAAGGAGCAGCGCGACGGCCCGAAGCCCGCGUCGACGUCGUGGCUGCCCUCCUGGGGCGGCGGCGGCGGCGGCGGCGUCUCCUACCGCACACGCACGCCCGAGAAGCUGGGCUGGGGCGAAAAGGUCGUCGACGUCAAGUCUGGCCUGGAGCACGCGCUCCUGCUGACCAGCACCGGCCGCGUCUUCUCGCUCGCGUCCGGCACGCAGGACUUUCCCACAAAGGGCCAGCUCGGGAUACCGGGUCUGAGCUUUGCGUCCCGGCCAAAGGGCCCCAUGGACAUGCCCCACGAGAUGACGACGCUCAAGGGGUUCCCCAUCACCAGGAUCGCCACGGGCGACAGACACAGCCUCGUGUGCGACUCGGCCGGGCGCGCCUUCUCCUUUGGCGACAACACGUCGGGCCAGCUCGGCAUGCCGUACAACGCCGAGGCGCCGUACGUCGACGCGCCCUGUCUGCUGCCCACGCAGAAGCUCUACGCCGGCUCUGGCCAGCAGGGCAAGAUCACAAACGUCUUCGCCGGCGGCAACACGUCGUACCUGACCGUCGAGGCCCGCAGGCCCAACGAGUCGCGCGUCACCGCCGACACGUUCGCCUUUGGCCACGGGCUGACGGGCCAGCUCGGCACCGGCCGCUGGGUCCACACGGCGGCCGAGCCGACCCGGAUGCCCGCCUUCUCCGGCCUCUUCGAGUGGGACGAGGACAACAACAGCGCCAUCCCCAUCCGGCUGCACACCAUGUCGGUCGGCGCCACCCACGCCGCCGCCGUCAUGGACAACGUCGCCUCGGUCGUGACAACCGCGCGGUCGCGCAAGCUGACGGAGAACGACACAAACUGGGGCCGCGACAUCCUGUUCUGGGGCGCCAACGAGCACUACCAGAUCGGCUCGGGCAAGCGCGCCAACGUCGCCACCCCGACGUACAUUCAGCCGCUGGACCAGCAGGCCGAGACGGACCGUGCCGCGAGCGUCUCCGCCGUGGCUAGGUUGCGCGACAAGGAGAUGCACAGGUUCCAGAUCAGUCCGCCCGCGACCGUCACGCUCAACGGCAGGGCCGUGCUGAUGGAGCAGAGGGUCGAGUGCGGCCGGGGCGUGACGGCCGUCUACUCUGCCGUCUAG